CCCCUCCUAACACAAAUAUUAAUCUUUAUUCGUUGUUGUCAUGUGUUUUAAUUGCCACAUAUCAUUCAUUAAGAUAAUUCAAUAAUUACUAGCCAGUCUGGAAUUUAAAUAAGCGUAUUUGUCUUGUAAUGUGACACAGUGUCCUCCUCCGGUCCAGCUGGCGGCAGCUGCACCUGUUCGCGCGGUGCCACAUCAGAACAGCGAGUCCCGCACACCGGCAGCUUAUGAAGGCUUCACCGGUUUAACCUCAAUCGGUAGCAGAGCAAUCACCGGAGAAAGGGCUAUUGUUUUACUAGUUGUUUAAUCUAGAAGUCGAAAUAUGAUACGUGAACAACACUGAUCAAACGCAACGCAAGGAUUUGACCGCUGGAAAAAACCCGGCCGACUCAUUUAUUCACGGAGCCUAACCUUAGAGAUGACAGCGCGCGCUCGUUUAUUGUCGUGUUAAUCGAGAUUAUUCGUUAAUAAUUUUAAUCAUAAGAAUAGGUUAAGAUAUAUUAUUGAUGGCCGUGUCGGGAGGCGCCCGGAGGAUCCCGAUGGGUGUGCGGACAUUCAGCGAGUUUCUGGAAAUAGCGACUGUCGGUCCGUGUCGCUCCAGCAGCCCAUAUAAAUACAGAGAGAGAAUACAGCACUGGUCCAUCAGGCACCUGUCCUCCUGUGGGAUCUUGAUGACUCGCUAUCCUCGCGCUCUCUGUCACUCUGAAGUGGAUUUGACUCCCACUCAUCACCGGCGAUCUUUCAUCAGCCUCACCAACAAGAGAAAAGAGUAUUCGGAGAGGAGAAUAUUAGGGUACUCUAUGCAAGAGAUGUAUGAAGUGGUGGCCAAUGUGGAUGACUACAAACACUUUGUACCGUGGUGUAAAAAAUCCCAAACCAUCAUGAAAAGGGCUGGUCAUGCUAAAGCCCAGCUGGAAGUGGGUUUCCCUCCUGUUGUUGAACGUUACACUUCAAUGAUCAGCCACGUUCGUCCACAUCUGGUCAAAGCGGUGUGCUCUGAUGGUAAACUCUUCAAUCAUUUAGAGACAAUAUGGCGGUUUAGUCCUGGUAUUCCUGGCUAUCCUCGCACAUGCACCGUAGACUUCUCUGUAUCAUUCGAGUUUCGUUCGCUGCUGCAUUCUCAGUUAGCGACGGUGUUCUUCGACGAGGUGGUGAAGCAGAUGGUGGCCGCGUUUGAGCGACGAGCAGGCAAGCUGUACGGCCCCGAGACGAGGAUACCACGAGAGCUGAUGUUUCAUGAGGUCCAUCAAACGUGAGGUGCCCCAUUACACUGGACUCGCCUGCAUCUGGAACUCAAACUCUCUAGCCGGUUAUCACAUCACUAGAUUACAUCAGGAUGGUACGAUAGAUACCAUGUACUUUUAGACAACAUUACAGUUCCAAGUAUUGCACCUUAAAGCUAUUUUGUUUUUCUUUUGUUUGCUUAUUGACUGUGAAUGAAGAAUAACUGAUUUAUUGCAGCUCUGAACAGUAAAGUUGAGGUGCAGAAUUGGAGAAAACCUCUCGUUUACUCGUUCUGUCUGACUAUGGGUUUUGCUGGGGCCAAACUGAUGAAUUUACUAAGCUGAAAGGAAUAUUUCAGGUCAAAUCUGUCAAACGCUGUUGAUUUCCACUUGAAAUAAUUUCAAUUUGCACCUCCGUUUUUAAAAACAAUAACAGCACAAACAUUGCCCUCUUAGUUUUAAAACUAAAUUAUUUCCGGUGGUAAUCAACUCCAUGUGAAAUGCUCCGAUUAACCAGGAAUAUUCCUUUUAAUACAGCUCUUUAUACAACUAUAUAUAUAAAUAUAGUAAGAAUUCAUAUGCUUGAAUUGAAACACACUUACGAUGAGUGACUUGACUUUCACUGCACUGAGUUUAUUGUAAUAUUCAUCUCAAGAAGUCGGUGUGACUCCAAACACAACUGUAAAUAUACUGAAUAUGAGCUAUACAGUUAAAGUGGCGUCAGAUAUUUCUCCCAGCUAAAUAUUUAUCCUUAUCGACAACAACAACAACAAAGACUUUGUUUAUAGAAGUGGUGUAUUGUGAUGAAGGUAUAUUUAGCAUGCUUUUGCUUUCUUUGGAUGCAUUCAUGCGAACUCAGGGCUUUGGAGAAAAUGAAAUGUAAGAAUUCUGCCUGUUUUCCCCUAAUAGUGAUCCCAGUUUGUGCCUGUUGAUGUAGACUGUGCCAUUUCCAUUUUGUCGCUUCGUUAAUGUCUGUUGAAACACUACUGUAUUCACUUAUUGUGAUUUUCUCAAAGCGCUACAGUUGGAAGCCUAGCAAGCUUUUUCUUUAUCGUUUGUUUUUAUUUAAUGAGAUUUUAUUUUCAGCCAUUUCAAUGCCUUAUCCAAGUGUUCAUGGCAUUUAUAAAUGACUCCACGUACCAUUGUAAUUGUCGAAUGCUAAUUUAUUUGUGCUGUAUCCCAACCUCCUGUCCGAGAGUCUUCCACAGAAAUAAAACGCCACCUUCAUUUCUAAAAAAAUAAGUAAAAAAAGAUCCUGUUAGAUGUCUGUUUAGUGAGAAUGUUGGCUUGAACAACUGUGAAUCAGAACCAAAGAGAUGAUCAGUGCUUCAGAAGAUCCACAAGAGCACAGUUUUAGGAACAACGUCUCGCUGAAAUGAAUGUUAUCUGUAAACCUUAAUUCUCUGUCAGCAGACCUGUCAUCAGUGUUAUAACCUUGCACAAGCAUUUCUUUUAAUUUUGAAAAUCUAUAAAUUUAUUUACCAACAGAA